UGGGACACUAAUAGGGCUUACGGUGCAGUCUGUGAUAGGUUAGGACGGAUAGAUAAAACUGACAAGGACAAGUUCGAUCUGAAUGGCAGUAAAAAUGGUUUGCCUGCUAUUAAUGCUUUGUCCCUCUCUUGGCCCAGGUACACUAGAUUCGAUGACCCUUGGAAGGAGACUGCACAUGUUGAGCGUUGUUUAGGUAAAGAAAUUCAACAGUGGUUUGUUAAGAUGUUUCCUCCUGGAGAUGUUGAUAAAUGUAGAGAACUUUCUGAGAAGCUCACCGGUGUGAAGAUGAUGGAGAUACCCUGGGAGGUGUGUAAUGCUUCUUUUGUUAAGUCAGGUUACACUUGGGCUAGUUUUUCUGAUGUGUUGCACCAGUAUGAGUUUGCUAGGAACCUUGCUAACAGAACUGUUUUCAACAUGGAUCACUUGCAUGAUUACCUUGAAGAUAAAUGUUAUAAUCCUACAUCGAUGGCUUAUAAUGUGACAGCAUGGAUGCACUUGCAAGUGUUUAAACUGAAUAUUGAAAUGAUGUACACUCGAGCAAAGACUAGUCUGGUACCUUUAAAGUAUGAGGAGCUGUUGUGGGACAAUUAUAAAUCAUUUCAGGUGAGGAUGUGGCCUCAGUUGUCCGCUGUAGCUAUUGGAGAUGAGUGGUUUGACAGGGCAAAACAAUUUAGACAAUUUCUGAGUCCAAUUCCUUCAGUACAGGAAAUCAGAGAUCUAGAGUCUAAGACUCCAUCAGAGGACUGUGCUAAACACAGGUUGACACACCCCAUGGGUCCUGCAUGGUGUCCAGUUGAUAAGAGUAAGAAAGCUAACGAAGCAGAGCUGUCUCUUUGUGUUGCAGAGUUGAAGCAGGAGACUGAAUACUUUCCUCGGUUGAAGGGGCAAACAGCUCGGCAGAAAUUUAUCACUGCAUUUCUGGAACAGAUAAAAACUAAUGAUCCAUUUGCAGGUUAUGAGUAUUUGAAUUCUGUAUGGCUUAAAUCUAAGGGCACUCCAUGGUAUACUGAUUCGGAACCUCCGUCUGCUAUAGCAGUAGCAUUGGUUUUGGCUUUUUCGGUAGGAGCAAUAUUCACUGACAUGACGGAAACAGUGGAGGAAUAUGUGGAGGAAGCUUGGGAGGAGUUUGUGGCUGCGUCAGAGGAUUUGGUCAUGGGAGCUGUUAAAUAUGUGUUAUAUGCUUUUGGAGCUCUUUUGGGAAUGGGUGUCCUCUGUCUGUGUGUGUGGAUGUGUGUUCGUUUCUGUUUUUCUUAUGUAUGCAGGUCUGCUUGCAGUAACUUGAACCCUUCCGAGGAGGAGAACCGACUGAGAAAACUGACGACACGCUUGGAAGAGAAACUUAAGAAGGAUAACAUUCAGGCCCUGUUGUGAGUGGAAGGUGGGAGAGCCUUUGCGUGGGGACUGGGAAUUUUUAGUAUCCAGCAUGUCCGCAAUGAGGCGAAGAGACAAAUGUGACCCGUCAGGGAAGCAUGCGUUACCACUCCACCUUCCGUAGUGACCUCACUUGGUAGACCAGACGUGGCGGUAUUGGACCCCACAUUGGUCUAAAACGGGGGACUGAAGGGUUUUGAACCAGGGAUGCACACCAGGCCGACUCGAAGACGCCCCGCGACCAUCUGCGAGGUCACUUCAGACGUAAAUCUCGGGCGCGGACGACAAGUGCGCUGAUUAAUGUUGAUAGGCCAUUUAACUAUCUAUAUGUUGUGACUUUAUGUUCUUUUAGCCAAUCAGGAGUAAAAUAAUGGAAUGUACGUCCUUGCAAAUGGUAUAAUUGAUGUAAGAUUUUGUGUAAGGUACGAGUUAGCUUUCGAUCUCCUCGUGAGACUUUGCCGCUGGCUCUACCAAUUUCACUGCAAACUAUUCUUCAGUAA